GACAUGAAGGUGACAGCUCUCAUUGUCUGCCUGGCCUGGGUGUGCCUGGGAAAGCCUCAGUUUCCCGAACAAGAGAAGGAUCCCUCCUACUGGAACUCUUGGGCACAACGCACCCUGAAACAUGCUCUGACUCUGCAGGAGCUCAAUAGGAACAUCGCCAAAAACCUGAUUCUCUUUCUCGGAGAUGGCAUGGGCAUCCCCACGGUGACAGCGGCUCGAAUCCUCAAGGGCCAGCUGAGCGGGCACAGCGGAGAGGAGACGCAGCUCGAGAUGGACAAGUUCCCCUACGUUUCCCUCGCCAAGACGUACAACACCGAUGCCCAGGUUCCUGACAGUGCUGGGACGGCCACGGCAUACCUCUGCGGGGUGAAGGCCAAUGAGGGCACUGUGGGUGUGAGUGCUGCUGCCGUUCGCUCCCAGUGCAACACCACCUUUGGAAACGAGGUCACGUCCAUCCUCAAGUGGGCCAAAGACGCAGGCAAAUCGGUGGGGAUUGUCACAACAACGCGUGUGAACCACGCCACACCCAGCGCAGCCUACGCCCACUGCGUGGACCGUGAUUGGUUCUCAGAUGCUGAGAUGCCGGUGGAGGCGGUGCAAGCUGGCUGCAAGGACAUCGCCCGACAGCUGUUUGAGAACAUCCCGUACAUCGAUGUGAUCAUGGGAGGAGGACGGAAGUACAUGUUCCCCAAAAACACAUCUGAUGUAGAGUACCCCGGAGAGCGCAAGCACAUGGGCACCCGCAAGGAUGGCAGGAACCUGGUGGCAGAGUGGAAGGAAAGAAUGAAGGAUCUGAGAGGACAUUAUGUGUGGAACCGAAAAGACCUCUUAGCUCUGAAUCCAAACAAUGUGGACUAUUUACUGGGUCUUUUUGAGCCAGGAGACUUGACAUACAACUUGGAGCGAAACACAGAGACAGACCCUUCCCUAACAGAGAUGGUGGACGUGGCCAUUAGAAUCCUGAGGAAAAACCCUGAGGGGUUCUACCUUCUGGUGGAGGGUGGGCGAAUUGACCAUGGGCAUCAUGAGGGCAAAGCCAAGCAGGCCCUGCAUGAAGCAGUGGAGAUGGACAGGGCUAUCGGCAGGGCAGGCCUUAUGACCAGCCCAUAUGACACACUGACUGUUGUCACAGCAGACCACUCCCACGUCUUCAACUUCGGAGGCUACACGCCACGAGGGAAUUCCAUCUUUGGACUGGCACCCAUGCUGAGUGAUGUGGACCAGAAGCCCUUCACUGCCAUCCUGUAUGGAAACGGGCCAGGGUACAAGAUUGUGAACGGCGUGAGAGAGAACGUUUCAACCAUUGACUACAACCAGAAUAACUACCAGGCCCAGUCUGCAGUUCCUCUGCGCAUGGAGACCCAUGGUGGUGAGGACGUGGCUGUGUUUUCCAAGGGCCCCAUGGCGCACCUUCUGCACGGCGUCAAGGAGCAGAACUACAUUCCCCAUGUCAUGGCCUAUGCUGCCUGCAUUGGCCAAAACACCCGCCACUGUGUGUCUGCUGUGAGCCAGGCCACUGGGCCCUCUGCAGCCCUGCCAGGUGUGCUGGCUGCCCUCCUCACACUGACCCUCCUGCUCUGCUGA